CAGUCAGUCACUCUCCAUACCUCGCUCGGCGACAUCAAGAUCGAGGUCUUCUGCGAGGCGGUGCCCAAGACAGCUGAGAACUUCUUAGCAUUGUGCGCCUGGGACUACUAUGACGGCUGCAUCUGGCACCGCAACAUCAAGGGCUUCAUGAUCCAGACGGGCGAUCCCUCUGGCUCGGGCAAGGGGGGCCAGAGCAUCUACGGUGCCCCCUUUGCGGAUGAGAUUCGUUCCACGCUCAAGUUCAACAACCGUGGAAUCGUCGCUAUGGCGAAUGCAGGCCCGGACUCGAACAAGUCCCAGUUCUUCAUAACCUACGCAAAGCAGCCCCACCUGGAUGGGAAGUACACUAUUUUUGGCAAGGUUAUUGACGGAGCGGACACUACGCUCGAUGCCAUGGAGCGCGCCCCGGUCAAUGCGAAGAAUCGUCCUCUGACAGAGAUCAAAUUGCACAACGUGACGAUUCACGCAAAUCCCAUCGCUGAUGCAAAGCUGGCUGGCCGGUAG